AUGGAGAAUGCAGAUCCGGUCAUAUCUAAUGAAAAAUGUGCAGCAUGUAUGUACCUAAGGAAAAAAUGUGCUGCAAAUUGCCAAUUAGCUCCAUAUUUUCCUUCCGAUAGAACUGAAGAUUUCCAAAAUGUUUAUCAACUUUUCGGCGUAAGCAACAUCAUAAAUAUGCUUAAUUCAGUUGAUGAUGAUGAUGAGCAAAAAGGAAAAAUGGCAGAAAGCUUAAUUUUAGAGGCAAAGAUUAGGAAAGAAAACCCUGUGUAUGGUUGCCUUGCUAUUGAAAGAAAACUGAGGUGUGGAGCCGCAGAAGCGGCCAAAGGAGCGCAUAUGCGGUUGAGAAGGGAGAAGGCUGGGACAGCAGAUGAUGUCAUCUUGCCGCAGAAGCGGGACCGCACCUGCGGAAGGAGAAGCGCAGAAGAGGAAUGA